ACAUUACCCACAAGGCUAAGCGCUCUCAUACGUCAACUGCAAUCACAGUUGUAUUUCCAACAUGGCGUCGCUGGGAAGGAGGCGCGGUGUCCCAGUAAGCAGGGAGAGGGGAGUGAUGGCGGCGACAGACUGCUACAUCGUGCACGAGAUCUACAACGGCGAGAACGCGCAGGACCAGUUUGAGUACGAGCUGGAGCAGGCUCUGGAGGCCCAGUAUAAAUACAUUGUUAUCGAGCCCACACGCAUCGGAGACGAGACGGCUCGAUGGAUUACCGUGGGCAACUGUCUGCACAAGACGGCCGUGCUGUCAGGCACCGCGUGUCUCAUGACGCCCCUUUCGCUGCCCGUCGAAUACUCGCGCUACGUGGCGCUGCCCGCCGGCGCCCUCAGCGUGGCCUGCUCCGCCCUCUACGGAAUUUCAUGGCAGUUUGACCCCUGCUGCAAGUACCAGGUGGAGUACGACAGCCAAAAACUCUCACGGCUGCCCCUGCAUACGCUCACCUCCUCGACGCCCGUGGUUUUGGUACGCAGGGAUGACAUCCACAGAAAGAGACUCCAUAACACGAUAGCACUGGCUGCCCUGGCGUACUGCGCCAAGAAGAUCUACGAACUCUAUGCGGUAUGAGUGCACUCUGAAGAGGGUUUAAAAACCAACAUAUUAAAGGAAAAAAACAACAAAAAAAACAGAACCUGUCCGCCCCCAGAUGUAAGAAAACAGGAAGUCCUGAUCGGGCCCAGCAGGUAGCGCCACACGUGCGGUGGGUGCUUCCAUUUUGAACUUUGAUCAGAGGGAUAUAGUAAAAACUAGAAGGAAUUGUUUGUUCCCUUGCGUUUCCUUUACUUUUUGUGACAUCAUCAGCACACUUAUCUCUGUAGUACCCUUGCGCCUCCCCCAAUGCGCCCUUCACCGGCAUACUUGACACACAGCAGGCUAAUGCUCAAGGGUACGGCAGCAGGUCCUCUGGACUGAACGCCAUUGGAGUUGAAACGGACAGUCAUGUUCUGAGUAUCGCGCUCUCUCUCUCUCCCUCUUUCCCUCGUAGUUUUACUGUACCCCUUCCUCGCUGAUCAGUACGUCACCCUUUCAUUAAACAUUAGGAUAUUUCAAACUCACUUUUCUGUAUUUUAUUUUGCUUUUUCUUUUUCAUUAAAUGGAUUCUACAUAAUGUCCAGAAAGAAACAAAAAGGCUGCGACUUCUUGAGAUUGUGUGUCGUUCAUGAAGAGUUUCUUGUUUAACGGAGUGAUAUUUAAGAUUUGAUAUUUCUGUGACUCGAUGUGCUCAAAACACUAAAACAAUCUGAACUCCUGGUAUGUUUCAAACGGGCUCCUUGUACUUUCAAAUCUGGGAAACUCUCCAAAAUGUCCCUAAGAAGCUCGUAAUGUGACAGAUGAAAUGUUGUAUUAAUACCGGUUAUGAUAUUAGAGAAACUGAAUAUUGAGUCGAGAGAACGAGAGACUUGUAAAAAUAAAAUGUAAUUUCGAGGUUA